GCAAGUUUCCUGUAGAGGCGCCACGACAUUCAGAUGCACUUGCAAUAUUUCCUGAAAGGGAUCGGUUAGAUGGCGAUGAAGAAAAAAAACAAAAAAGUACACCGAUCUCGCAUAUAUAUUUUUAAGGUGGUCUUAUCGCUCAACGCCAACUCAAUAGUGUGAGGUUGUCACAUAAACGUCACACAAUCGCAUAUGUACAGAAAAAAAGAUAUCUAUAUAUUCUCCAGUAGUAUCUGAAUGAGAAAUGAUUGUCGAUAAUCCGACCGAUUACUCGAGGGAAAAAAUUUGCACGGAUUAUGCAGAAGUUUGGCUGACAAAAUGUGUUGUUAUUUGCUCGAAUAUUACUUGUUCCGCCUUUAUUUUCAAAGGUGUCGCCGUGCUAUAUCAAGAGUUAAACUGGGAUACGUGCUCUGUGCCUUUGGCAUGAUAGCACUAUUAGAAUUUUUUGGAGCAUUUGUGCACCUAUUUGAGGCCACGUAUGAUGAAAACUUUGCGUAUCCGUACGAAGGCAAUGUACAUGAAUUCGUAAAUGCUCUGCGACGUAACGAGAAACCUGAAGUUGAACCUAUAAACGAGUACAGAUAUACUUUUAUCUUAAAACAGCCACAAAAGUGCAAGGAAGAUGCAGAUGAUACGCUUCGUCUUGUGUAUAUAGUAAAGUCGGCUAUAGAAAAUUUUGAUAGAAGAACUGCUAUACGAAAUUCAUGGGGAAUCGAAAAAAGAUUCUUUGAUGUGCCAGCAAGAACUAUUUUCGUGGUGGGUACACAUCCGGACGACCAAGAAGUUGAGGCCAAACUUAAACUAGAGGCGGGGAUUUACAAAGAUAUCGUACAAGCAGACUUUGUAGAUUCGUACUAUAAUAAUACUAUAAAAACGAUGAUGAGUUUUAAAUGGUUAGUGAAGUACUGUUCCAAUUCAAAGUUUUACAUGUUUGUCGAUGAUGACAUGUAUGUAUCUGUAAAAAAUGUAGCGACAUUUAUUAGAAAUCCAGCUAAUUAUCCGUUUUACUUGAUGGAAUCCAGGAAAGUAUACAGUGCACACAAAAGAGAAAUCAAACAGUCGGAUUUAGUGGAUUAUAAUGACGUCAAUUUUAACAAUAAAAAUGUAACAUACAACUCAAAAAUCAAAAUGUCUUUGACGCAAAAUUCAGUCAUUUAUGAAUCUACAAAUAAUAAUACUCAGAAAAAUAAUGUACACGAGAAACAAGUAGGACAAUUUAAUAAAAACCUUAAAGUAAAAAAUGAACAUUUGCUCAGGCUAAACACGUCUACGUCGAAUAGAACGAAGCGACAGCUUUUCGAUUUUGAGUUGCCAGACGACAUCAGACUGUUUGCAGGAUUCGUAUUUAUGCGAUCUACGCCACAUCGGCAUAAAUUCUCUAAAUGGUAUGUCACGUUAAAAGAAUAUCCGUAUAAUUUAUGGCCACCAUAUGUCACAGCUGGUGCAUACAUCCUGUCUAAGGAAGCUCUCUUGGACUUGUACUACACCAGUUUCUACACUAAGCACUUUCGAUUCGACGAUAUCUUUAUAGGUUUAGUAGCUAAAAAAGCUGAUAUAGUACCAUUUCAUUGCGAGGAAUUUCACUUUUAUAAGAAAGCUUAUACGAAAUAUAGUUACAAAUAUGUCAUAACGUCUCAUGGAUACGAAGAUCCAAACGAACUCCUACAAGUAUGGAACGAACAAAAGGCUCUUGGAAAUGCUUAAAUCUAUUUAAACAAUGCAAAACAAUUUCGUAAUAUAUACUAUUCUACAGAUUUAGAUAUAGUCUCCAUUUAACAAUGGAGAACAAAGUAUCGCAAUAGCAUAUCUUGGCAGAAAUAUCUUUAAAUUAUAGUAUAACUGAGAAUGUGUGCAUAUAUAUAUAUAUAUAUAUAUAUAUAU